UUUUGGUUUCCUUUGCCCUGGCCAUUUGUGCAUAAAUGUCAAAUGUUUAUGCAAAAACUUUUGUGACAUAGUAUAUUCCUCCGGCUAAAAUCAAUUUGUUUCCCGUGUGCUCCUAAAAUUGCCUAAAAGUAGACAUAAUUUUUCCGUGAUUUCGUAAGUUUAUUUGACAGAGUACAUUGGAUUCCAAUAAGAUUUUUAGAGCUUGAAGCUUUUUAUCGUUUACAUCGUUUUCAUGAUUUUCAAUGCUCGCGACGCUAAUGGAUUUCUACGUAAUGUACUCGCGAUUGAGUGUGUAGUGGUGCGGUUGUAGAAAGAGCUAUCUCUGACUCUGUCACUUUCAUAGAAGCUGAAUGGCACGCUUCCCUGCACCGUGCUGCAGACGCAGUUCACUUGUAUCUCGGUUUUGCCUUGCACCUGCUUUGUUCGUUUUACACCCGUACCCGACUCACUCGAGUCCAAGAUUUGAAAAAAAAUCUCUUCGAGCGAGAACCGACGAGCCGACGAGUGUCUAAGUGCGCUUGUACGAUGAACCUAAAUACCAACACACAAAUGGGUUCGGGCUCGUACCAAAGCUAAAAAACCAAAACCGCUAGCUAUGCUCGUGUUUGUGAUAAACGUAUGUUUGAUUUGUAAUAUGUACGAUUGAAAGUAUUCUUUCGGUGAAAAAUGCGUUUUUAAUUGCUUUUGGAAAACAUAUCAUUUAUAAUAGGUACUUUGCUUGCAUCAUAGGAUUUUUUGUAUCAUUUCACUUUCUUUUGUGCUGACGUUAUGAAUAAACUAAGUCGAUGUCGAUGUAUUGUUAUAUUCCUUAGUAAGAAAAGCUUUAUUUCACCUCAGGUGAGAUUAAAUCAUAUCGUUCAUAUCGAUCCGUUCAGGCCUGACGGACAAUCUUGUUCUUACCUUUAAACUUUUUGCUGAUCAAGUAUGCUGUGAUUCACUAAGAAAAACAAUUUCAUUGACAUUUUCAAACGCUAACCGAAUAAUUUUAACAACAAAGAAGUAAUAGUUCACAAAAUGUCAUCAACGACAGAUCCGCAAACCCCAGCCUCCCACCUGCCGCGCCUCCUCCCAAUCGAAAUCGCGUUCCGGAAGCUUUCGUACGGAGCCUAUGAGGGUAAGCGCCACCUGCACCUACACCGAACCCACACCAAGCUCAUCCUGCGGUCCGUCAGCGGCACGUUCUGUGCCAGCGAGCUGAGCGCCAUCAUGGGCCCGUCAGGGGCGGGCAAGAGCACCCUGAUGAACGUGCUGGCCGGUUACAAGACGUCCAACGUGGUCGGGAAGAUCUACAUCAACGGGAAGAGGCGAAGGUUGGACCGGUUUCGAAGACUGUCGUGCUACAUUCUGCAGGAUGACCGACUGCUGCCGUACUUGAGCGUGCGGGAAGCGAUGAUGUACUCGGCUAGUUUGCGGUUGGGCGCGAAGGUUCCGAUCGAGCUGAAGCGAAACAUUGUGGAGGAGAUUGUGGAUACGCUGGGCUUGCUGCACGUGGCCGAUAACUUGAGCUGUGAGCUGAGUGGGGGUCAACGGAAGCGGCUUUCGAUCGCGCUGGAGCUGGUCAACAAUCCACCGGUGAUGUUUUUGGAUGAGCCAACCAGUGGGUUGGAUAGUGCGACCUGCUCGCAGUUGAUCCACCUGUUGAAGACGUUGGCUCGCGAGGGUCGGACCAUUGUCUGUACGAUUCAUCAGCCGUCGGCGAGGAUAUUCGAGAUGUUUGAUCAUUUGUUUAUGCUAGCUGAGGGGCAGUGCAUCUACCGGGGGGUUGUGGAUGGGUUGGUACCGUUCCUGUCGGGGCAGGGACUGAUGUGUCCAAGCUUUCACAACCCAGCUGAUUUUGUGAUGGAAGUGGCCUGCGGAGAGCAUGGCGAUUGGAUCGACAACCUGGUGACGGCAGUUCGCGAAGGCAAGUGCGAGGAGUACGAGCAACGAGAACCACUCGGGAAUGGUAUUGCUGUGCUGCAGCUAGACAGCGACGACGACCAUCCGCAGACGGACGAGUUUGUGACCAUUGAGCUACCUUCGAUCUCAUCCGGGCACGCAGUUUCCCCGAGUGAUACGAACGGGUUUGGUGACACCAGUCUGCGAGAGCAAGCCUCGACCUCCAAGCGGCUUUCGCUGGUGGAAUCCAUGGAGAGUAUCAGUCCGGUGAGGAUGAAACACUCCAAGGGAUUUGCCACGUCUCGGUGGAGACAGUUUUGGAUUCUGUUGAAGCGCACCGUCCGCACGUCGCUGCGCGACACGGCACUGACACAGAUGCGGGUCGUAUCACACGUGGUCGUCGGAUUGCUAAUCGGAUGCUUCUACUACGACAUCGGGCGCGACGCCUCCAAGAUUAUAGACAACGCCGGCUGUAUAUUCUUCACGCUACUGUUCACCAUGUUCACCGCGAUGAUGCCGACCAUUCUAACCUUUCCGCUGGAGUUUGGCGUGCUGGAGAAGGAACACCUUAACUACUGGUACUCGCUGGAAUCGUUCUACCUGGCCCGUACCGCGGCGGACGUUCCGUUCCAGAUAUUCUUCACCACCGUGUACGUGGCCAUCGUGUACAGCCUGUCGUCGCAACCGAUGGAGCUGAAGCGAGCCGCGCUGUUCACCAUGAUCUGCGUGCUGAACUCGCUGGUCGCGCAAAGUUUCGGCCUGCUGGUCGGAGCCGGUCUGCGCGUCCAGACGGGCGUCUUUCUCGGCCCGGUGUCGGCCAUCCCGAUCAUUCUGUUCAGCGGGUUCUUUCUCCGCUUGGACCUCAUCCCGAAGUACUUGCGGUGGUGCUCGUACGUGAGCUAUCUGCGGUACGGUUUCGAGGGCGCCAUUGUUGCCCUGUACGGCUUCGACCGGGUAGCGAUGCCGUGCUCGAGAAGCUUCAGCUGCCACUAUCCCAGCCCAAAGGAGUUUCUCAAGGAGAUGUCGAUGGACAAGGCCGAGUACUGGAUCGACGCGACCGCUCUGCUGGGGUUCUUCGUGGUGAUCCGUGUCGCGGCGUACUUUGUGCUGCGCUUCAAACUACUCUCUAAUCGAUGAUUACCAUAACUCUGAGUUCGAACAAAGAAUCCUUACCGCUGCGUUUCAAUUCCAAUCGAGAACAACAAAAGGGAGAUAUCGGCCGGUCACGUUGCAAGUAACGCGAUCCUCGGGCUAUUAGUAGCAGGACAUUCGAUACCAAAUCCGGUUGGUUACGAAAUGGAUCCCUCGACCUGGCGGGGAAGCAAACAAACUUACUUCGAGACAACCAUUCAAUGGGGGGGUCACAUGCUUGGAAAGGUGCCACUACGGCAACUGGACGAGCCCACGAGUUUUGAAUCGUUACGCUCGACAUUAAUUCCGUCGAGAGUAUACUUGCCUUAUUUUCGACCAUGUUUCGCAACAUCCCGCCCACGGGUUGUCAGGUGCAGCAGUGAUUAAAGGCUGUGCAAAGUACACCGGUUUUAUAACUUUAUCUGCAGUGGUCAUUAUACAAUUAAAAAUGUUUAGCUCAAUUUUAGACUGCCAUAAUCAGUGGGUUUUAUUGUUGAGCUGUAAAACUUGUGUAAUUUUUGUUGCCUUGAAAAAUAUUGUGUCCCAACUGUUUAACUCAGAACAAUGCACAAAGUUACAAAAGUGUAUGAAUGUUUAUAUAAAUUUGGUAACAAAUAAUAGGAAACACUACUUGAGCAAGUCAUGAAAGGAAAUGUUAUGCCUACCCUUAAGGGGGAAGCAUACAUUUUAUCCAUCCAUUUUUUUCAUCAUCU